AGAGCCUGGAUGCAUACACUUGACUACAGACCUCGGUCUCCACAGGACUCUUCCUUGCUGGUCAGAAAUGCAUCCGUCUUCUGUGGCCAGGGCCACGAAGAGAGAGUGUGUGAAGCCAUGGGUGAUUGGCCUCAUCACCUUUUUAUCCCUGAUUGUCCUGGCCGUGUGCAUUGGACUCAUUGUUCAUUAUGUGAGAUACAAUCAAAGGAAGACCUACAAUUACUAUAGUACAUUGUCAUUUACAAGUGACAAACUGUAUGAUGAUUUUGAAAGAGAGGCUUCUAAAAAUUUCACAGAAAUGAGCCAGAGAAUUGAAUCAAUGGUGAGAAAUGCAUUUCAUAAAUCUUCAUUGAGGGGAGAAUUCGUCAUGUCUCACAUUAUCAGAUUCAGUAAAGAGGAAAAUGGAGUGUUGGCUCACAUGCUGCUGAUUUUUAGAUUUCGCUCUACUGAGGAUCCUGAAACCAUAAAUAAAAUUAUUCAACGUGUUCUACAUGAAAAGCUAUAUGAUGCUGUAGGGCCCCCUAAAUUAGAUCCUGAGUCAGUUGAAAUAAAAAAAAUCAACAAGACAGAAACGGACAACUUUCUAAACAACUGUUGUGGGACUCGGAAGAAUAAAAGUACAAAACAGAGUGUCAGGAUUGUUGGUGGGACACAGGUGGAAGAGGGUGAAUGGCCAUGGCAAGCUAGCCUGCAACUGGAUGGGAUCCAUCGCUGUGGAGCAACUUUAAUUAAUGGCUCAUGGCUUGUGAGUGCCGCUCACUGCUUCAGAAUGUAUAAGGACCCAACCAGAUGGACUGCCUCCUUUGGAGUGACACUAUUUCCUUCUAAAAUGAAACAAGGCAUCCGGAGGGUAAUUGUGCAUGAAAAAUACAAAUAUCCAUCACACGACUAUGAUAUUUCAGUUGCAGAGCUUUCCAGCCCUGUUCCCUACACAAAUGCGGUACAUAGAGUUUGUCUCCCUGAUGCCUCCUAUGAGUUCCGCCCAGGUGAUGAGAUGUUUGUGACCGGAUUUGGAGCACUGCAAAAUGAUGGUAGCAGUCAAAAUCAUCUUCGGCAAGUGCAGGUGAAUCUCAUAGACACUAAAACCUGCAAUAAACCUCAAGCUUACAAUAAUACCAUAACUCCUAGGAUGUUAUGUGCUGGCUCCUUGGAAGGAAAAAGAGAUGCAUGCCAGGGUGACUCUGGAGGACCACUGGUUAGUGCAGAUGCUAGAGAUAUCUGGUACCUUGCUGGAAUAGUGAGCUGGGGAGAUGAAUGCGGGCAGCCCAAUAAGCCUGGUGUUUAUACUAGAGUGACUGCCCUCCGGGACUGGAUCGCUUCCCAAACUGGUAUCUAAAGGAGAAAAACUCAGUAGAAUGGAAUGCAUUUUUGUUUAUAGGCCAUUUCAGAGAUAUGGAAUUGCAGAAGAAGCUUUGCAGGUCACCUCGAUCUGACCGAAAAAUGAAACUGUCUGCUCGAUGCAUAAUUUCCUUCUAGCUCUGCUCCACAUGUGAGCAUCCUGCUUCUUCCAGAUGGAUUCUGUCUCAACUUGCAUUCAUUUAUUUUACAAGUUUUCUGUCCUUGAUGCCUUGUUGACAUAAAAUUUAUCAUGCAUAU